CUGCCGUCUGACAGGGGUAUUACACGGGUGCCGUCUUCAUGUAUUUAUCAGGCUCGGCGUCCAUUAGAUGAAGAAAUAACCGUCGCGGCUUGCCAUACAAAACAGCGGAGGAAAUCCUGCUACCAAUUUGUGAUGCAGAAAAUUAUAAUAUUUCGGGAUCGGAGGACGAAAACGAUGUGGAUGACGCUUACAACGACGAUACAGAAAAAUACGACGAAGAGCAGUCUGGAAGUGGUGAUGAUGAUGAUGCUCCGGGGCCCAGCGUUCAUCCGCCACGUGCGCUGUGGAAAAAAAGCCACAUCCCCACUUGAAAAUAAUCUGCCAGACUUUGAAGGUUCACUACCGCCUUAUCCUCCCAGGGAGCGUUCGGUGGUGCGAUAUGGAGGCUUUGUUGCGGUGUCUUUUGGAGCAUUUGGAGGAUGAUAAGAUCGGCGGGUGAUCUUUCCAGUUCAUCGAGUUGACUUCUUCUCACUUCGUUUGCGAUAUCCUCGAGGGAGUUCAUCUGAGCGGCGCUUCUUAAAUCCUGCUAAAGCGAUGUCCGUCACGGCCAUGUUGAACAACGUGGGGGAGAUAACGGUGCCCGGGGCUACUCCAAUCGCAUUAUUUGAGAUCGGUCCAUUGGUGCUGCCCAUGUGAACGCUGUGCGUGAUGAAGGAGGGCGUCACGUACGCCUGCAAGAUCGUGUCCAAGGAGCUGACGUCGUCCAUCUACCAGACCAAAUUCCUGCCUCGGGAGCUGAAGAUCCUGGGCUCGACGAGGCAUCCGCACAUUGCCCGCAUCUACACCAUCAUCGAGGAGCCCAAAAAGGUCUUCAUCAUCAUGGAGCUGGCUGGCGGAGGCGACCUACUCGAGAAGAUACAGAGGGUGCGGCGGCUGGACGAGAGGACGACGCACGUCUACUUCAUGCAGCUGGCCAGCGCUUUGGCGUACCUGCACAAGAACGACAUCGCCCACCGGGACCUCAAGUGCGAGAACGUGCUGCUCACCACCCUCGACGUGGUCAAGCUCACAGACUUCAGCUUCAGCCGAUACUGCACGAGCGCGGCGACCAAGAAAAAAGAGCUGAGCGCCACGUUCUGCGGCAGCGAGGCGUACGCGGCGCCCGAGAUCCUGCAAGGUAUCCGCUACCUGCCCAAGCGGGAGGACAUGUGGAGCCUGGGCGUCAUCCUCUACGUCAUGGUUACGGGAGACCUGCCCUUCGAGAGCGGCAACCUGCCCAGACAGCUCAGGCUCCAGAUGACGCGCGUCGUUCGCUUCCCCAAGGUGCUUCCGUUGAGCAACGAGCUAAAAAACCUCAUCCGCUGCAUGCUCGAACCUGUGAUCGGGCUACGGGCGAGCAUGGGACGAGUGAUCCGUCAUCCAUGGAUAAGGCGGUAUCCGAGCCCAUUCAAGGAGCUCAGCCGGAAGAUCUACCAGGAAGGGUCGAGGAGGCCGGGUACUCCUGUGGCCCCGGUCGCGGUCCCGCCGCAGGACCCUGCCGUUCCUCCCCCGCCUCGGCUCCCGGCUGGGCCCGGCGAAUCCUCCCGUGGCGGAGGAGCCGCUCGUCUCUCCGACAGUGCUUCGAGAACGGCGUCCGAUCUGGAAUCUCUGGGCGUGAGGAAGGAUGGCAGUGGCGCCGAAGAGCAGCGCAGCGGAGGCAGCAGCGGUUCUCAGGACGGCUCCCGCGAGACGAGCGGCCUGCGCGAACUGAAGCGGCAACAGGCAGUGGAAUCGCUGGCCAUCGGAGACGACGCGGCGACGUCCAACCAGGACCGGACCAGACGACCUAGCGAUGACUUCGCCAGCGGCAAGCAGAGCAUAGAGGGCAGUACUGGCAGCGACGCCAGUGCCGCGGCCACCGACGGUUGACGGAAAUGAAGAGGUGUCACGUGUCAUCUGGGGCGCGGUUACAUAAAAGACAAGGCAAGCCCGUUUCUCUCUCGUACGUCAUCACUAUAGAGUGCCCGUAGCUCUCAAGUUUUGAGCAGCGCUCCAGGCGAGCGCAAUAGAAUAUUUGGCUCGCGUUUCGAAC